GAUUAUCGAGUGAACAUCUUUCUCCGUCAGAACUGGAAUGAUCCACGCCUUGCUUAUAGUGAAUAUCCAGAUGACUCUUUAGAUUUAGAUCCAUCUAUGCUGGAUUCAAUCUGGAAACCUGAUUUAUUUUUUGCCAAUGAAAAGGGUGCCAAUUUUCAUGAAGUAACCACCGACAACAAAUUGCUACGAAUUUUUAAAAAUGGAAAUGUUCUUUAUUCUAUCAGGUUGACUUUAAUACUUUCCUGUCCAAUGGAUCUCAAAAAUUUCCCAAUGGAUGUCCAGACCUGUAUAAUGCAGCUGGAAAGCUUUGGUUAUACAAUGAAUGAUCUUGUAUUUGAAUGGCAAGAAAAUGGUGCUGUACAAGUAGCUGAAGGACUCACUUUGCCACAGUUUUUGUUGAAGGAAGAUAAAGAUCUUUGUUACUGCACCAAAUUCUACAAUACGGGCAAAUUUACCUGCAUUGAAGUUCGAUUCCAUCUGGAAAGGCAGAUGGGUUAUUAUCUCAUUCAAAUGUAUAUUCCCAGUCUCUUGAUUGUCAUACUGUCAUGGGUGUCAUUCUGGAUCAAUAUGGAUGCAGCUCCAGCCAGAGUGGCCCUAGGUAUAACAACUGUACUUACAAUGACAACACAGAGUUCGGGAUCACGAGCUUCACUCCCAAAGGUAUCAUAUGUCAAGGCUAUUGACAUCUGGAUGGCUGUUUGCUUGCUUUUUGUGUUCUCGGCACUUCUGGAAUAUGCAGCUGUAAAUUUUGUGUCAAGACAACAUAAAGAACUUUUGAGAUUUCACCGAAAGAGGAAGAAGAAUAAGGAUGAAGAUAUCAGGGAGAAUCGGUUCAGUUUCACGGGCUAUUCAAUGGGACCACCAUGUAUACAAGCAAAAGAUGGAGUGGUUCCAAAGGGGCCCAAUAAUCCAGUUCAGUCCGUAUCACUUAGUCCUGAAGAAAUGAGGAAGGUAUUCAUUGAUCGGGCCAAGAAAAUUGAUACCAUAUCCAGAGCCUGUUUCCCUUUAGCCUUUCUUAUAUUCAACAUUUUUUACUGGGUUAUCUAUAAAAUUGUUAGGCAUGAGGACAUUCACCAAAAACAAGAUUAA